AUCUUGGAAAUUUCGAGAGAACCAUUUCAAAAAUGUGUUCCAGGGUGAAAGAGGAACUUGCAAAGCGUUGGUUACCAAAAAUUCAAGGAAUUUUAAUUGCGGCAUUCGAACGAAACGAGUUACCGCUUGUAAGUGACACAUCAGGCUGUCGACGACUUUUCAGUUGCAUCGGUUUCAUUAUGGAAGAUCAGUUGCGAGGAGCUUAUCUACGCUCUAUAGAAGAAUAUGUCGAUUAUCUUCACAGCAGAACCAACAAGUGUUGCGGUUUCGAUAUUAAGAUGACAGUACGAAAUUCAAACGUAUUGUUUGAGCCAACGUUUAAAGCCUUCACAGAUACAUUUUCAACGAUACUGAAUUUGUUGGGAGAAACAAUUGGUACGCUACCGCGCGUUGAAACGAUGCUGGAUAUUAGUUCCAUCGCUAUCCAUCGUAAAUUACUCGAGCCGUAUAUGUCGCAAGAAUGUUUGGAGAGAUAUACAGAGGAAAUUAGCCAACUAAUCGAUAGAGAGAAAAUUGGCCCGAUCACGCAGCUGAGUGAAUUCGAAAAUUAUGCGAAUUUCAUAAACGAUUCGGAAGCCGACAAAAUUCAAGAAUUCUUAAAGUGCGAUACAGCUGACAACUUUGAAAAUUACUAUACUCUAAUCGCAUAUUACGAUCGUUUGUCCCGUUCAAUAAAAGUCGAGUACGAUCGAACUUACUUUGCUGGAUUCUUCAUCAUCCACCGUGGAGAGAUUAUCAAAUAUAUCGCCUCUGUAGCUCGUAAGCUUAAAGAGGAAUUGGUCGGUAAAAUGAUCAUCGAGUAUCAACAAAAAUCUCGAGCCGUAGGGAAUGAAUAUCAACGAAUCGUAGAUCGUGCGCUAAGCGUUCCAGCAAACACUAGGGAAUUAAUAGAACUUCGAAAAUUUAUAAAUACCACGGAAACAGAAACUGCCAGCCAGCUUGAAAGUCGAUUAAGAGAAAUUAUUAAAUAUAUCGUUGUUGUAUCAGAUUAUUCGAUCUUAACCCCUGUUGAAUUGAAAAUUAAUAAUUUUGCUUUUCAAUGGUAUUACAAGCUUCCGGAUAUUUUUGAACAACACCGUGAGAUAGCUGCUAGUAAAAUCGGGGAGUUCCAAAACAUCCUUAAGAAGAAAAUCGAACAAUUCGAACGUGAACUUGAAAUAUAUGCAAAAUACUGCGACGAAUUACAGUAUUGGGGGAACAUCGAGGAAAUAUAUCGGUAUAAAAAGAAGGCUGAUCGUUUAGAAAACAAACUGAUCACGGCGAUGGAUACGAUUGACGGAUUUAACGAGGAAGAGGAACUAUUUGGUUGGGAACAGUCCCAGUAUCCUUUACGGAAAGCAACAGCGGAUAAACUGGGGCCAUAUAAAAGACUGUACGACGCGACCUGCGAAUUUUUAACAAACUACGAUACAUGGAUGAAUUCGAUAAUAGGUUCUCAGGAACCGGAGGAGAUCGAAACCGCGACAGCAAUCGCUUAUCGAACAAUCUACAGGUUAGAACGAUCUAUACAAGAACCAAUAACGAAAAAGCUCGCUGAAAAUAUACGAAUAAAGAUAGAAGAGUUCAAAGAACACAUGCCUGUGGUUGUCACUCUUGGAAAUCCUUCCCUAAAGAAUCGCCACUGGGAACAAGUAUCGGAAAUUGUUGGCUUUCCCAUAAAGGUUGACGAGUCGAUGACACUUGCCAAGAUUCUCGAUUACGGGUUAGCUGACUACGUUACGAAAUUCGAAGGAAUAUCGGAAGCAGCGACGAAGGAAGGAAGCUUGGAAAGAGCACUCAUCCGAAUGCACCUUGAUUGGGCAGAGAUCACAUUCAUCGUUAACCCUUACCGCGAUACAGGCACCUACGUAAUUGCGAGCAUUGAUGAUAUACAAUUACUUUUGGAUGACCAUUUGAUCAAAGCUCAAACUAUGAAAAAUUCACUUUAUAUCAAACCAUUUGAAAAAGAGACUUUAGAAUGGGAAUCGAAACUACUCCUGUUACAAAGCAUCAUGGAUUAUUGGCUACAAGUUCAAGCAACAUGGAUGUAUCUUGAACCGAUAUUCUCGUCGCCUGAUAUUCAACAGCAAAUGCCAGAGGAAGGUCGACGUUUUAGCGCUGUAGAUAAGAUUUGGAGAGAAAUUAUGUCAUGUGUAGCAGCGGAUCCUCGAGUUAUGUCGGUCAUUGAAAUCGAUAAAAUGCUCGAACGAUUGAGAAAAUGUAUAAAUCUCUUGGAUCUGGUACAGAAAGGACUCACUGCCUAUUUGGAAAAGAAAAGAUUAUACUUCCCGCGAUUCUUUUUUUUGUCGAACGACGAGCUCUUGGAAAUAUUAUCGGAAACAAAGGAUCCUACCAGAGUGCAACCGCAUCUAAAAAAGUGCUUCGAAGGAAUUGCUCAAGUAAACUUCACGAUCGAUUUGGAAAUAAUAGCUAUAAAGUCCUCUGAGGGAGAAGAAAUCAUUCUUGAAGAUAUUAUCGAUACAACGGCGGCCCGAGGUCAAGUUGAAAAGUGGUUACUUGAGCUAGAAUCUUCUAUGAAGAGGAGUGUUAAAGCACAGGUGGUGCAAGCAAAGGACGCGUUUUUAAAGCAGAUCAGAUCAAAAUGGGCGUUAGAAUGGCCUGGUCAGACUGUUCUUUGUGUCAGUAAGCUUUAUUGGACAGCCGAUGUGACGGCGGUGUUGUCCAAGUCUUUGAAGGAUUUGAAGAACUACGUCGACAAUUGUACAAACGAAUUGAAUGAGAUAGUGAAAUUAGUACGUGGCGUAUUAUCGACGCAAAAUCGUGUAACAUUGGAGGCCUUGGUUACGAUGGACGUGCAUAGCCGAGAUAUUGUAACGGAAUUGUAUAAAGAAAGAGUCAGCAUCGCUACUGAUUUCAAGUGGUUGGCACAAUUGAGAUACUAUUGGAUGGACGAAGACUUGUGGUCAACGAUGAUAAACACGUCGUUGAAGUACGCGUACGAGUAUCUGGGCAACACAUCUAGAUUGGUCAUAACGCCGUUGACCGAUAGAUGUUACCGAACGUUAUUUAGCGCGCUAAGUUUACACCUCGGUGGCGCGCCCGAAGGUCCGGCCGGAACUGGCAAGACCGAAACUACCAAGGAUCUAGCUAAGGCUGUAGCUAAACAAUGCGUCGUAUUUAAUUGUUCGGAAGGUCUCGAUUACAUCGCAUUGGGUAAAUUUUUCAAGGGAUUAGCAAGCGCCGGGGCGUGGUCUUGUUUCGAUGAAUUUAAUCGGAUCGAUCUCGAAGUAUUGUCGGUAGUAGCCCAGCAAAUUCUAACGAUUCAACGAGCUAUUAACGCUGGAUUAACCAAACUAGAUUUCGAAGGCACCGAAAUCAAGUUAGACCCUACUUGUGCUGUUUUUAUUACGAUGAACCCUGGUUAUGCUGGAAGAACCGAACUUCCGGAUAAUUUAAAGGCGCUCUUUCGACCGGUAGCAAUGAUGGUACCAGAUUACGCUUUGAUAGCCGAAAAUACAUUGUAUUCGUAUGGAUUUUAUGACGCACGUCCACUCUCGGUAAAGAUUGUAACAGCUUACAGGCUAUGCUCGGAACAAUUGUCGAGUCAAAAUCAUUACGAUUAUGGGAUGAGGGCAGUAAAAUCUGUUCUGUUGGCGGCUGGUAAUUUAAAAAUAAAAUAUCCAGAAGUGGAUGAGGAUAUAUUAAUAUUGCGCAGUAUCAAAGACGUCAAUUUACCCAAAUUUCUCAGCGAAGACUUGCCAUUAUUCAACGGUAUUACAUCGGAUCUCUUUCCCGGUGUCAAACUCCCAGAGCCAGACUAUACCGAUUUGAAUACAUGUGUUUAUGACGUUUGCUCGGCGUCGAAUUUACAAUGUAGCGCCUGGUUCUUGGAGAAAAUACAACAGAUAUACGAGAUGAUGAUCGUUCGACAUGGAUUUAUGAUUGUUGGCUUGCCAUUCGCUGGAAAGACAGCAGCGUAUAAUAUUCUAGCUGACGCAUUAAAACUUUGCGAAGAACGAAAUCUAAUAAGCGAGCGUAAAGUUGAAAAGUUUGCGAUGAAUCCCAAAGCUGUUCCGUUGGGUCAAUUAUAUGGACAAUUCGAUCCGAUAUCCCAUGAAUGGUCCGACGGAGUUUUGGCUAUCAGUUAUCGUGCUUUUGCAACAUCGGCCAACGAAAAUCGCAAAUGGUUAAUCUUUGACGGACCGAUAGACGCAGUAUGGAUCGAAAGCAUGAAUACUGUACUCGAUGACAACAAAAAGCUUUGCUUAAUGAGUGGAGAAAUUAUUCAAUUAGCACCGUAUACCAAUUUAAUAUUUGAAACGAUGGAUUUAGAACAUGCUUCGCCUGCGACAGUUUCCCGUUGUGGAAUGAUUUACAUGGAACCAGAUGCACUUGGUUGGGAUCCUGUACUUAAAUCUUGGUUAGCUGAUACCCCGCCUGUGAUGAAUUCGUGGUUAAGAAACUUUCUACAUGAGUCUUUAUUUCGAAGAUUUUGCGAUCCUAUACUUCACUGGUCACAUCACGAACAUGUUCAGAAAAUUUGCCCGAUGCCGGAUACAAAUCUCGUGCGUUCGCUGACCUAUCUGAUGGACUGUUUUCUUGCUGAAUAUCGAGACGAGAAAGCUGUUAAGGAUAUCGACGAGUUAGAUCUUCGAGCCCAAAUCGAGGGUUCAUUUUUCUUUUCUUGCAUCUGGGGGCUGGGAGGCACGUUGACUGUAAAAUCGAGAGAACGGUUCAGCGUUCUCUUUCGUGGCUUUCUCGAAAGAGAUUUUCCUCUGGAUUUGAUAGAAAUGUUCGAAUUACCGAAACCGAUAAAACCACCUUUGAAACCAUAUAUAUUUAUUAUGCCAAGAGAUGGUCUUGUCUUUGAUUACAAAUUUAUCAAAGAGGGCAAAGGAAAAUGGAGACUAUGGUCUGAUGAAUUGCUUGACAGCCCACCGAUUCCUCGUGACAUUCCUGUAAAUCAAAUAAUAGUACCUACCGUUGAGACGAUACGGUACACAGCCCUAUUUCGUUUGCUAGUAAGCAACGAAAAGCCAGUGCUAUUCGUAGGCCCCACUGGAACUGGAAAAUCGGUCUAUAUAAUUGAUUUUCUAUUAAAAAAAAAUAAUCCCACAGUAAACAAACCACUGAUUAUAAAUUUUUCUGCGCAAACUACGGCGAAUCAAACUCAAGACACGAUUAUGGGAAAAUUGGAUAGACGGCGGAAAGGCGUUUACGGGGCGCCUAUAAGUAAACGGUGGAUCGUUUUUGUCGAUGAUCUUUCGAUGCCGAUGAAAGAAAUUUACGGGGCACAACCUCCGAUCGAAUUGUUACGUCAAUGGCUGGAUCACGGAGAAUGGUACGAUAGAAGAGAGAAAAGUAUGAUAAAACUGAUCGACGUUCAUCUAAUGUGUGCUAUGGCUCCACCAUAUCGCGGCGGGAAAGAUGUUACGCCCCGAUUUAAAAGACAUUUUGUCGUCUUAACGAUAUCAGAAUUUGAAGACGAAGUAAUGACUAUGAUAUUUAGUAAAAUCGUGCUCUGGCAUCUUGAUACGAGAGGAUUCAGUAAAGAAUUCGAUCCAUGUAUCGACGAAAUCGUUCUGGGCACGUUGGAUGUAUACAAGGAAAGUCUCUCCAAUCUGUUACCAACACCGGCCAAAUGUCAUUAUGUCUUCAAUCUUCGCGACUUUUCCAAAGUGAUACAGGGAGUCCUGCUGUCCGUCCCGGAAACUAUGCCGAGUUUAACCAGCAUGAGGAGACUUUGGGUUCACGAGGUACUUCGAGUUUUUGGAGAUCGUUUGAUAGAUCAAGAAGAUAUCUCUUGGCUGGUGAAACAAAUACGCGUCACUUUGAACAGUCGAAUGAAUGUGUUAAUGGAAGAACUGUUUAAAGAUCUUCUACCCCCGCAAAGGGAAGCAACUUUGGAUGAUAAAUCACAAGCAAUAAUCACCGAGCAAGAACUUCGAAAUUUAGUGUAUUGCGAUUUUGGCGACACCAAGGUAGAUAUCAGAGUUUAUCAAGAGGUUCCAGAUCUCGACCAGUUACGAGAAAUAGUAGAAACUUAUUUAGCUGAAUACAACACAAUGUCUAGAAAGCCGAUGAAUUUAGUGUUAUUCCGGUACGCCAUCGAACAUUUGUCACGAAUUUCCCGUAUUAUCAAGCAACCGCGUAAUCACGCGCUUCUUGUCGGAGUCGGCGGUACGGGAAGACAGUCGUUAACUAGACUAGCCUCGCAUAUAUGCGACUACGACGUUUUCCAAGUUGAAGUUACUCAACAAUAUGGAGUUGGCUCGUGGCAUGAGGAUAUAAAAGGGAUUCUAAGGCGCGUGACUGCGACCGAUCUUCACUCCACCUUUUUCUUCUCCGAUGCACAAAUUAAGCAGGAAAGCUUCCUCGAAGAUAUCAGCAAUAUUCUUAAUUCCGGAGAGAUACCGAAUAUAUUUACCGCCGAGGAACUAGCUGAAAUAUGUGAACACAUGAAACAAAUAGACAGACAGCGGGACCGAUCGGUGCAAACGGAUGGAAGCGCGGUAGCAUUGUUCAAUCUUUUCGUUCAGAUAACUCGCGAUCAACUACACAUCGUAAUGGUGAUGUCACCGAUAGGAAAUGAUUUUCGCAACCGGAUCAGAAAAUUCCCGGCAUUAGUCAAUUGCUGUACCAUCGAUUGGCUUCAGCCAUGGCCAGAGGAUGCUCUAUUAGCGGUUGCGACUAGAUUUCUGCGGGCCAUUGAAUUGACGGAUAACGAAAGAACCGCUGGUAUCGACAUGUGUCAAUUCUUUCACGUUUCCACGCAAAAUUUGAGCGCAGAGUUUUUCAUUCGACUAAAUAGGCAUGUUUAUGUCACCCCAACGUCGUACCUCGAAAUGAUAAACACGUUUAAGGAUCUGUUGGGAAGGAAACGAGAGGAAAUAAUUAAUGCGAAAACUCGAUACGAGCGUGGUCUAGAUCAAUUAGAUGAAACGCAAAAGCAAGUAGUAACGAUGCAAGAAACUCUUAAAUUGCUGCAACCGCAACUAAUAACCGCCACCCAAGAUGUUGAAAGAAUGUUGCUCGAGGUUGAUAAGGAAAGACAAGAAGUGGCAGAAUUUGAGAAAGUUGUGAAAAUUGACGAAAGCGUUGCCGAGGUUUAUGCGAACGAAGCAGCUGCGAUUAAAGCGGAAUGUGACGCUGAUUUAGCAGAAGCGAUGCCAAUUCUAAAACGUGCUCAAAGCGCUUUGGACACUUUGACGGCUACCGACAUUGCUGUAAUAAGAACGAUGAAGAAACCACCGCAAGGAGUGAGAUUGAUCGUCGAGAGCGUCUGUGUCCUCAAGCAAAUAAAACCAGAGAGAGUUCAACAACCUGACGGUACAUUCAUCGAGGAUUAUUGGAGGGCUGCUCUUAGAAUGCUGAGUGACGUGAAAUUUCUCGAUUCGUUACUCAAUUUCGACAAGGAUAACAUCCCUGAUACCGUGAUUGAAAAGAUUCGAAGAGAAUACCUGACUAAUCCGGACUUUAAUCCUGAAAAGAUAAAGAAAGUAUCAACAGCAUGCGAGGGAUUGUGCCGAUGGGUAUUCGCAAUGUCGGAAUAUGAUAAAGUAUCGAAAGUAGUCGCUCCGAAGAAAAGAGCUUUGGCAGAAGCUCAGAAGGUUUAUGAUAAAGCCAUGGAUACUCUAAAAGCAAAGCGAGAACAACUUCGACAAGUACAGGAAAGAUUGAAAAUAUUGGAAGAACUUUUGGAACAAAGAAAGACUGCCUUUCAAGCAAUGUCCGACAAAGUGACAGACUGUGAGAUCAAGCUAAAACGAGCCGAGGACCUGAUUGGAGGUUUGGGCGGAGAAUAUUCGCGUUGGUCCGAUACCGCGAAAUCUUUAGGAGAAAGGUAUCAGCGAUUAAUGGGUGAUAUCGUGAUCGCUUCUGGUGUGGUCGCGUACCUAGGUCCAUUCACGAUGCCGUAUCGCCUUCGACAAACUGUCCUAUGGGUAAAACGAUGUACCGAUUUGCAGGUAAUUUGUAGUUCCGAUUUCCAGUUGCGCGACAUCCUUGGAAAUCCAGCUUUAAUCAGAUCUUGGAACAUCUUCGGACUGCCAAACGAUGCAUUUUCGGUCGAUAACGGUAUUAUCAUCAAAAAUUCAAGAAGAUGGCCGCUUAUAAUAGAUCCUCAAGGUCAGGCUAAUAGAUGGAUAAAAAACAUGGAGAAACAAAAUAACGUGAAUAUUAUUCGGCUAACUCAGCCUGACUACGGCCGAGUGUUAGAAAACGCAUUGCAAUUUGGAUUACCAGUACUUCUUGAACAUGUUGACGAAGAAUUGGACGCUAUACUCGAACCGAUUUUACUUAAAGAAACAUUCAAACAGGCCGGUGCGAUCUGUAUAAAAUUCGGCGAUGCAAUUAUCGAAUACAGUUUCAAUUUUAGACUGUACAUUACGACGAGAUUAAGAAAUCCGCAUUAUUUACCAGAGGUAGCGGUGAAGGUAACACUGUUGAAUUUCAUGAUAACGCCAACCGGAUUAGAAGAUCAGUUAUUGGGCAUUGUUGUAGCGAAGGAAAGACCAGACUUGGAAUCGGAAAAGAACGCUUUGAUCGUGCAAGGAGCUGCGAAUAAAAGGCUAUUGCAAGAAACAGAGGACAAAAUCUUGGAAAUAUUAUCGAUUGCCGAAGGCAACGUAUUAGAGGACGAAGAAGCGGUAGAUAUUUUAACAUCGUCUAAAAAUUUGAGCAAUGAAAUUCAAGUAAAACAAACGGUAGCUGAACAAACGGAAAAGUUAAUCGACGAUGCUAGAUUGCAGUACACGCCUGUCGCCGUAUAUUCCACCGUAUUGUUCUUCACCAGUGCUGCCUUGGUAAAUAUCGAUCCUAUGUAUCAAUAUUCAUUGUCGUGGUUCGUAAAUUUAUUCGAACUGGCUAUCGAUCAUACGGAACCAGCGGAGAUGGUUGAACAACGACUAAAAGAUCUUAUGAAAUAUUUCACAUAUUCUCUGUACGCGAACAUUUGUAGAUCUUUAUUCGAGAAGGACAAGUUAUUGUUUUCUCUGCUACUGACGGUCAAUUUGCUCGAGCAACGUGGGAACCUUUGUCCAUCGCAUUGGAUGUUUUUAUUAACCGGUGGAAUUGGUAUCGAUAAUCCAUAUGUAAAUCCAACAACAUGGCUACCGACUAAACAAUGGAACGAACUAUGCAAUCUUGACGAGGUUCAAGAGUUCUCGGGUAUUCGAGAAGCAUUUACUGGCAAUACCAGCCAAUGGAAACGAUUAUUCGACUCGAAGGAACCGCAGAUCGAAACAAUCCCUGUACCGUUCCAACAUCUGAACCUGUUUAAAAGAAUGUUGAUACUGAGAUGCAUUCGUCCUGAUAAGAUCCUACCGGCAGUGCAAAAUUUCGUCCAAGCUGAACUUGGUUCGCAGUUUAUCGAACCGCCACCGCUCGAUUUGGCUUCGACUUAUGCCGACUCAAACUGCUGCACUCCAUUGAUAUUCGUAUUGACGCCCGGUACCGAUCCAACGCAAUUAUUACUCUCGUUUGCGGAUGAACAAGGUUAUAGCGUCAAUCGCCUUUUCUCUAUUUCCCUCGGCCAAGGACAGGGACCAAUUGCCGAGGAAAUGAUUCAAACCGCUGUGAUAGUUGGUAACUGGGUUGUUCUGCAAAACUGUCAUUUAGCGAUUAGUUGGAUGAGUACUUUGGAAAAAAUUUGCGAAGGUUUGAUGCCCGAUACGAUUCACUCAGAGUUUCGACUGUGGUUAACGAGCUACCCGUCCGAACAUUUUCCGUCCUCGGUUCUAGAGAAUAGUAUAAAAAUGACGAAUGAACCGCCGAAAGGCUUAAGAGCUAACAUCGUUAGAUCGUACACGAGUGAUCCGAUUAUUGAUCCGGAUUUUUUCGAAUCUUGUUCCCAAACGGAAAACUUCAAAAAGCUUCUCUAUUCGUUGUGUUUCUUCCACGCUGUGAUCCAGGAAAGACGACAAUUUGGCCCAAUCGGUUGGAACAUUACGUACGAAUUCAACGAGACUGAUCUUCGAAUCAGUGUUUUACAAUUACACCUUUUCCUCGAUCAAUUUGAAGAUGUGAGAUUCGAUGCUCUCAAGUAUUUGACCGGAGAAUGCAACUAUGGCGGAAGAGUUACGGAUGACUGGGAUCGCAGAACUUUGAAUACAAUAUUGUCGAAAUUUUAUUGCCAGGAGUUACUUAUCGAAAAACCUUAUUAUUUCGAUGAUACUUUGAUGGUUUAUUAUUGCCCAAGUGUGCGAGAGCAUGAAGCGUUCGUGGAAUACACAAAAAACUUACCCUUAAUCACUGAACCGAGUGUUUUCGGUAUGAACGAAAAUGCGGAUAUCAUCAAAGAUCAGCAUGAAACGAACCUCUUGUUUUCGUCGCUCCUACUGACACAGGACCGUGUGGAUCUCUGGCAAUUGCAACAGGAAAGCGUCAAGUCUGGAACUGGACAAUUCACCAACGAUGAAAUAGUGCUUAGAAUGGCGAAUGAUAUCUUACAAAAAUUGCCAGAUGACUAUGAUCUUGUAUCGGCGCUUGGAAAGUAUCCAAUGUCUUACGAACAAAGUAUGAAUACUGUGUUGGUCCAAGAAAUGGGAAGAUUUAACAAACUUCUUAAUUAUGUUAGAACCAGUCUGGAAAAUAUUAUACGUGCUAUUAAAGGUAUUGUUAUCAUGUCAUUUGAAUUGGAAGAUAUCUAUGACGCAAUUUUGACAAACAAGAUACCCGCUUUAUGGCAACAAUACUCUUAUCCAUCGCUAAAGCCACUUGGUAGUUAUGUACAUGAUUUACUAAGCCGCUUAAAUUUUCUUAAAGAAUGGUAUGAAAAGGGAGCACCGGUCAUAUAUUGGAUCUCAGGAUUUUAUUUUACCCAAGCAUUUUUGACAGGGACCAGACAAAACUAUGCGAGGAAAUAUCGGAUUCCUAUAGACCUUUUAAUCUUUGAUUUCUUCGUGUUAGAAUCCGAUACAAUGCCUGUACUUCCUCCUGAGGAUGGAGUUUAUAUAUACGGAUUGUUUUUAGAUGGUGCCAGAUUUAAUAAAAAACAAAUGACAUUAGAUGAAAGCUUUCCAAAAGUACUUUAUGAACCUAUGCUUCCUAUGUGGUUAUUACCUGUGAGAAAAGGGGAUAUAAAGGAAAAAGUAACAUACGUCUGCCCUGUAUAUAAAACUAGCGAAAGACGAGGAGUUUUAUCAACCACUGGACAUUCGACAAAUUUUGUUAUCGCUAUGACAUUGCCUACAUUAAAAUCGCCAGAACAUUGGAUCAUGAGAGGAGUCGCGCUACUUUGUCAGCUCUCUGAAUAAAAAUUAUUUUCUUAUUUCAUCCUUUCCAAUUCAUCUUGAAAAUACGUCAAGGAACUGAGUUUCUAAUUAAAAAUAUAUAUUAUCCGAAUUUUGGAAUACAGGAAUGAUGAUCCAAUUGUAAAUUGCAAUAUCUAAAUUGUAUGGUAUAAGUAUUCAAACAAUAAAAUAUGUAUAGAAUUAGUCGAUCAAGUUAAAGCUAUAUGUAUAUGUAAAUCCUGUGCUGUACCUUGAGGUAUUCCAAUAUUGGCGGCGUACUUCUCGUUUAAAGUACGAUAAACAAAUAAAAACAAUCGUGCAUCAACGCUUUAGAAUCGUUGUAAAGGGGAGAGUUUCCUUCAUAAAAUUAUGUUAAAGCAAGUUCUGAAAAGGAUAUUUUUAAUUCCGUAGUGUUAUUUGAAUUUGUGAA